CCCCUCCUGCAGGAAAACAACCCUGGAAGCACAUUUAUACACAAACUGAUAAUGAGAGGCGGCUGAUGUUUUGUUGUUGCAGCGGACAGGUAACCUGUUACAGCUGAGGACCGUCAGACGUCUGAUUCUGGUUUGUGAAUCCGGUGGAUAUCCUGUCUUUAAUCAUCCCGGUGGAGCGAUGUGAUGAGAGCAGCUGGUCGGAUGUCUGAUAUGCUGAGACUGAAACACAGUAAACAACUCGUGAAGAGACUCAAGAUGGAGGACAGAGACGACUGCAUCACUUCCACAGUCCACAAGGUUUUCACAAAUCCUGUUUAGAAAACUACUGAUGGAGAGAAUGAAUAACAUGGAAAGAAACACUGAAACACUGUCCAACACCAGGGCUGAAGAGGUACCUGAUUUGGUGAAACCUGCAGCUGAUUCUCAUCCAGCCUGCCCGAUGGACACUCAAACACAAAACACAGGCUGUAGAGACGAUGCUGUCAGAGAUGAUCGUGGAAACGCAACUGCUCUUGGAACAGACACUGAAAGCCAAUCUGUAAACGACAAGGUUGGUGUAACUACAUCCCAUCAGACUCCACCGAUUGUAGAGAGCGAGGAGGAGAAAACGCGGUAUCACUCGACUCUUCAUCAAAUGCAGCAGCAGCAGAAACUCAAAUCUGGCCGACGCUUCAAAAAGAAAACCCUCAUGAAAAUGGCCAAACUGUUUGUAAUUGCCAAAGAAUGGGAUUCAGAGAUAAUUGAAACAUCAGAAGUGAAAUAUUCAAAUGGACCUUUAUCAGAACCUGAACCAUCAGUGUUAAACCAGAAAGAGGAAACAUUCACAUCUUCAGUUACAUCUCACAGUAACACAAUUAUCACAAAAUCUCCAGAAGUCGGAAGGAGUGAUUGUGAUAAAGAAACUUUUUUCCCAGCUGUCUCAGCAGACGUGACAUUUUCAGGUCAAACAGCAGCACCACAAGUGACAUUAAAGAAAAAGAGAGGAACACCUUCCACCAGCAAAAAACAAGCAAAAGAAGCCUGUAGCACAUCCACAAAUUUGCUUGAUGUACCUGAUUUGAACCGAGAAGUCUCAGAGCGUUCCAGGUUAAUAACGGCACCAAAAGUGCAAAGAACAGCAAGGAAAGUUAGCUCAGUGACUUUCAAAGAAGAUACAAAAAUCACAUGUGAUAACAGUGAAAUAGCAAUAAAUAGUCCAGCAGCAAUAUCCAGUGUUGAUUUAUCGAAAACGCAAACCUCUAAACGGAGAAAAAAGAGCCCCACAUCUUCUGUUAAAAAGAGAACCAAACAAAAACAUUUACCUCAGACAUUAACAGAUUGUAACGCCAUGAUGCCACAGGGUGUCAGCGAAGGUUUCUUGGUGUCAGAUGUCACUCAAAAGGAUGAAAACGAAGCAUUGUGCACGACAGCUGCAAAAAUACACAGCAAGGAUCCACCUGGAACAAAGUUGAAAAAGAAAGCUGGACGAACAUUCAGAAAAAAGGCGCUAAUGUCAAAAGAUAAACAGUUUGUUCAGGAUGUAGAAAUUAUCCGUGACAAUAAAAAGAGCGACACAUGUAAAGAAGAUGAUCUGUCUUACCAGCAGACAUCUCUGUCUCAGGUUUCGUCCAGAGGAAAGAAAAGGAAGAAAGAGGUGAUGUCAAAAGCUUCUAAGAGAAAGUCGACUGAAAGGCAACGCUCAAAGUUAAAAUCUGCUGAAACUACGGAUGUAACUCCUGAAUCCAUCAUCAAAACAGAAGACUCAGCAGGUGUUUCCCCUAACGAUGAGGUAUCAUUUCAAGUUGAACACUGGGACUGCGGUGUACCGAACGCGGCGGUUAAAACUAGACAUCCAAAGACUUUAAAGAAAGUCAGGAAAAAGAGAAUUCAUACAUCUAGACCAAAAUGCAAAAAGGGACAACAAGCUGUUCAGCUGCUUUCAGCAGACGAUAUUUCUCUGCAGAAACAAAAUGAAACAGCCCUUGAGAAAGAAAUUACCGACAUUUCAACUUCACAGCUUCAAAACCCUCAAAAACACACUGCUAACAAUAAAAAAUACAAAGCAGAGCCUGUGAAUGUACCUGUAUCUGAACCUGCAAUGAUCCAAUGCGCAGCUGCUGAAUUCCUCAUGCAGAUGUCUGAUAUUAAGACUGAACCAGCCUGUGAACCAGUGACUCUGCCAUUAACUAAAAAGAAGAGCAGACAACAAAAGAGGCCGGUACAAAGAGCAAAGAAUACAAUAACUUUAAAUGCCCCUAAUAAAGAGGAGAGUGAUUAUUUUGAUAUUCAGGGUGACACAUUCGGUCAAGAGCAACAGUUAAAUGAGGAAACAACCAGGGGGAUUAAUCCUGAGAAACCACGUAAAGGUCAAAGAAAACUGAAGAAGGUAGAAGACGAAGCUAGUGAGCAAACUAUGAAUCCUGAUUUAAAUAUUAAAUGUGAAGUGCACACGUUAAAUCAGCUGGAUUCUCCUCCGAUACAUAUAAAAAAGGAAUCAGAUGAGAGACAUAUCUCGCCCAUAAAAACUCAACCAUGCAGGAAAAGGAAACUCCCAAGUGAAUACAGAGAUAAUACCAAAAAACCCACCAAACUGAUUUCUGUUUGUGGCAGUGAAGGAGAACUGCUGUGUGGUGACAAGAUCAAUAAUAAUGCAGAAGAGGAUGUAGAAAAUUCAGGAUCAUCAGUAACUGGUAAAGCUCUGGACACAGCUCACAAAUGGCUGAAGCAAGCAGGGAGAAGGAAGAAGGUUAAACCGGAGCCUGACAACACUUUCUUGGAAAACCAGCAAAGAAAUGAGACAAAAUGCAAGAGAUUAAAGCAGAGAAAAGUGACAUCUAGCAGUUUAGGAGUCAAUGAUGUGAUUCAGGGAGUAACUGCACAGCCUGAAGAGAUUUUAAUUAGUUAUUUGAAAGAUAUAAAACGCUCACAGGUUUCAAAAUGCAGGCGCACAAGGGCAGUUAAAAAGGAGCCAGUGGUGGAUGAAGCAGUGGUGAAAAAUGGUAAUAUGUUAGAUGAAGUUCUGAAUGUUCAAGACAACGUCACAAACCCACCGAAAGAAAAUCCACAAGAUGUGAAAAUAACCGGAAAUCAAGAGGAAACGGUGAAUGUGCCGAAGGAGGAGCAGCUGAUGUCUGACAGAAUAGAGGCAGCAAAUCCUGAAAAUAUGAAAAAAUUCAAAGGCAAAAAGAAACAUGUGGUGGGAAGAAGACGUCUUAAAGUGGCAGCCUUAGUUGAGGAAAAUGUAAAAGUGACUGGUGAAGUCCAAAGUGUUGAAUAUGGCCUUACAUCCCCGUCUUUGCAUGAAAAUGUGCCAGAAAAUAUAAAAGCUAAAAGAAAGAGGGAAGGUAAAAUAGAAAAGCAGAGACUUGUAUCAGAUCAUUCAGGUGAGGGAUUUAAUAUUGUUCCAAAUCCUGCCAACGCUAGUUUAAAUAAAAACAUACAAGAAAAAGUGAAAGAGAAGGGUAAGAGAAGUAAAAGAGUAAAACCAGAGCUGUGUACUGUCGAGGAUAACAAAGAUGUAAAAUUAGAACCUGAAGAUAAAAUCUUUGCUUCUUUUAGAGGUCAAACAAAAGAAAGUCCAGAAAUCACAGAAACAGGAUCAAGUGAGAAGAGCCUACGAGGAAAUCAAAGAGUGAGCCGCAAACGCAAGACGAAAUCCUCUGCAGCCGUGUUAUUAGAGGACACGUCACAGAUGGAAGAUGUGGUAUCAGAUUUGAAAAAUGCCCUGAAAGUUUCUUUUGAGUUUGAAUGUGAGGCUCCAAAAUCAGAAUUGACAGGGAGGGAAAAUAUUAGGAGCAAGGUGACGACAAAACACAAGUUUGGACAAACAGCAAAGAAGAAGGCAUUGAUGGGACUACCAAACCAGAAAUCUAGUGAGCAGCCUGAAAGUGAUACAAGAGUUCCUGUGAACCAAGAAAUCUGCAGCAAACCAAAGAUGACGUGUAAAGGUGGGAAAGGAAAAGCACCUGCUAGGUCUGGUAAAGCAUCAAAAGCUGUAAAAAUGGAAGAUACAGUCUCUUCAAUCCACCACACAGCCAAUACGGAUUUAUAUGCUGUUAAACAAGAACAUGAUGAAAGCAAAAUAUCAGAACUAACAUCAGAGGCGGCAUCACCAUUUCAGGAUGAAAUCAGCCCGACUGAAUCAGCUGUUUCUGCUGGAAAUACAAAAAUGAAAACCACACGGAAGAGACGAAGGAAUAAAACUGUAUGGUAUCCAAAAAAGAAGCUAAAGCAACAUCAGAUUCAUGCAUCUUUUGAGUCCUCUAUGUCUCCUUUUUCAUUUUAUCCCUGUAAUUCUUUAACAGAUGAUGAAAUGAUCGAUCUCAAGCUGAAAGAUGAAAAUGACGACGUUACACAAAGAAACACUGUGCAGCCACUGAGCAGCGAUCAAGCAGAAGAGACGACAGCCAACACUCGUGCCAAACGCUCAUCUAAACUUAAAAACUAUGACCCUCUACCUCAAAAACUGAAACCACAAAAACCCCUUAAAUGCUUUUUUUGUGGUCGCUCAUUUCGACACAUCUCAGCGUUCACGGUACACAAGCGCAUUCACACGGGAGAAAAACCUUACAGAUGCACAACAUGUGGCAAGAGAUUUGCUCACAUUUCCCGACUCAACCUGCACACAAAAAUCCACACUGAGUCACCUGCAGUUUGUUGCCCAUGUUGUGACCAGAAAUUUAAAAGUAAAGACGAACUGAUUGUUCAUUUUGUUAUUCAUGUGAAAGACAUAAAGAGCUCAAAUGUGACUGCUGAAGAUGCACACAACCAGCAGGUGGAUGAUUGUCUUAACUCUCCAGUCACUUCCAGCCAUAAUAAGCCUUUCAGGUGUUCAAUUUGUUGUAAAGAGUUCAUCAGCAGAGCAACGUUUAAGAUGCAUGGACGAACACACGGUGGAAAGCCACACACCUGCUCUGUCUGUGGGAAAAAGUUUUGUAAGCCUUCAAGUCUGAAUGUUCAUGAAAAGACUCACUGGCCUGUAAAACCGUAUUCUUGCUCCGUGUGUUGUACAGGUUUCGUCAAGCUGCAGGAGCUUAAACGUCACUCUGAGAUGCACUCAGGAGUCACACCUUUCUCCUGUGCCAGAUGUGAAAAAGCCUUCGGGAGCUUUGCUUUGUUACGCUCACAUCAAGUGUCUGAAGUUUGCUCUGAGGAACGAGACUCCUCUGAGGGUAAUCAAGUUGACAUUGAGGGAUUCUUGUUUUCUCAGGGCGUUGAAGGACAGAUUGUCACUCCUGUGUAUUUUAAAUGUCCAAUAUGCAAGCAAAUUCACCGUCACUGGUGCCAGCAUGUUCUGCAUUUACAAACACACCAUCAAAGCAAGUCUUACACUUGUGAGACAUGUGGGCAAGAGUAUGAGCAUGCGUCUGACAUGAGAAGUCACUGCAGUGUUUGCUGUAGAGCAAGUGGAGAGGAGAGGGCGUGUAGAUCCUCCCUGUCCGAGAUCUGGAAAGAACCAGAAGCUCCAAAAAAUCAGGCAAGUGAACCUCCACAUGUGGACCAGGAGGAUCAAAUGUCCUUUUCACCUCAAGUGGAAACAGGAGAAGAGAGGGCGUGUGGAUCCUCCCUGUCAGAGAUCUGGAAGGAACCAGAAGCUUCACAAAAUCAAGCAAGUGAACCUCCACAUGAGGACCAGAAGAGUCAAACAUCCUUUUCACCUCAAGUGGAAACAGGAGAGGAGAGGGCGUGUGGACCCUCACUGUCCGAGAUCUGUGAGGAACUGGAAGCUCCACAAAAUCAGGGGAGUGAACCUUCACAUGAGGACCAGAAGAGUCAAAUGUCUUUUCCAGCUCAAGUGGACACAGGAGAGGAGAGGGCAUGUGGAUCCUCCCUGUCUGAGAUCUGGAAGGAACCAGAGGAUCCACAAAAUCAGGCGAGUGAACCUCCACAUGAGGACCAGAAGAGUCAAACGUCCUUUUCACCUCAAGUGGAAACAGAUGAAAAAGAGGUCACAGACAUGCAAUCACCACCACCAUCGCCAAGCAACUCCAGCCCGUCUGUAAAUGACGAUUUUGACAUCAGUGUUCCAUCUCCGAACCCUGGUGGCAAGUUUUCUGAUGCGGGAAACGAUCAAACAACUCGACAGCCCUCCAGAUUUCACCCACAGUCAUUAAUUCGGAGGCAUUGUGGCAGAUACUCAUGUGGACACUGUGGAAAAUCCUUUAACCGUUGGAACAAGCUGUGGCUGCAUCGGCGUUCACACCGACGAACAGUCAGACCUUUCUGCUGCAGCCAGUGUGAUCUGGAGUUUCGCUUCCUGGGUUCGUACAUCGAUCACCUGCGGGAACACGCAGCCCAGAUGCCCUACGCAUGUCCUUUAUGUCCUGACACCUUUUCCAGUGACGAAAAUUUGAGCGCUCACAUCUUUGAAUGUCACAAACAGGAUGACGGCAUGAAAUGUAGCACAUGUGGAAAGAGUUUUUCCAGCCUGAGACACUUGAAGAAACACAAGCUGCUACACAAAGGGGUCGGUUCACAUUUCUGCCUCCCUUGUAACACCUCAUUCCCACAUAUCAGCGCUUUAAAGACUCACCUGAAGACUCACAGGACACGUCUCAAUGUCCCUCAGCCUGCAGGGCUUGUUGAGCCAUUUUUAUUUCCCUAUCACUGCAGGAAAUGCACGGCAAAGUUCUCAAGCACAGAUCUCCUUCAGGCGCAUCAGGUUUGCCAUUUCACUGUGGGGGAAAAGCCGGGCAACCUUCCAGAGAGCGUCGCCUCUUGUAUUCCCAGCAGAGCCCAGGAAGACAUGCGACAACAGAGAGACGUUUCAGAGCCGUCUCAGCGGACGCGACGUCUUCCAGUGAGCAAUAAAAAACAUCUGUUCAGGUACCCUCACCCAGACCGCCUUUAUGUCGUACCUGUCGUCUCCUCAGAGCCGCCCGUUGUCAUUUCAGAUACAGAAGAAGAACAAAGUCCAUCCAUCACCGCCAGCGACACAAUGUCGUCUGCCUCUCCUCAAGGACAACCAGCUCCAAAUACCUCAAAUAUACCUCAAUCCUCAGCUGUUUCCAAACUUGGAGACAUGGAUGAACAUCAAACAGGCAGCUCACAUCAGCAACUUCAGGAUCAGUAUCAGGAUGCGUUGAAGGAUAUAACCGAUAUCGGUGGCUGCGAUAGCGAUUCAGCUGAACUUGAACCAGUUUGUAUGAUACUCAAGGAGAACGAGUCUGUGGACGACGCUCACAACUGUGCAAUUUGUACGGAAACAUUUACAGACAUCUCAAAGCUGCAUGAACAUUACAUAGAUCAUGCCAAAGGGAUGUAGAAGCUUAAAGUUUAGGGUCCGGUUUCAGAGACAUGAAUGCCUUUUAAUGGUUUUAUAACGAUUUAUGGAAAAGAAAAUCUUGAAUGUAAACUGUUAUUUAUGUAGAUCUGCAGUUAUUCCUUUAUUGAGGCUGUGUAACUUUUAUUUUUGGUAACACAUCACACUCAAAGGUUUGUGACAAAAUCUGUUGCUGCAGUAAACAUUUUAGAGAUUAUAUUUUUAAAGGAAAACAAACAAGUACUGCUGCUCUGAUAUUCUGCUACUGAAUCACAAAGUUUACUGUUUUACUGAUUACACCUUUUCUACCUGUUGAUAUGGUGCUUUACUGUUUGUUACAUAUGUUUUGAGAUAUUUUAAUGCAAAUACUGUAUGUAUACUGUAGAGCAGUUUUUUUAGUGUGUGUAUUUUUUUACUCUGAAUACAUUAUUUUUUUAUAUCUUAUCAUUCAGGCUGUAGUCUGAUGAUUAAACCUCAUCAGUGUUUGAUUUAUACAUUUCAGUUGAGAUUCUUUUUAUCUUCCAUUAAUGUGAACAUCUCAGUGUUUUUGGUGUCUUUUAAGGGCAGUGAACAUGGUCAGAGACUGAACACCCAGAAACCAUAAAUGUUAAAUAUAUUCAUGUGAACCUGUUGAUCUGUAAAAAAAAAAAAAAAAUCUUUAUUGAUCUUUUGUAAUAUAAUAGUUUU